CUUGCAUGAUGAGACUUACCUCAGAGUCCGUGUCAUUAUUAUAAACUUACCAGAACAAGAACCAGGUUACUAUUUUACAACCAUGGAGGGUGCAAUAUCGGUAAUAAAAGUAGAGGUAAAGGAGGAGGAAAUCGAAUCAAAAUGCUGCAUUCCGCUUCCUAGACCGUUCAAUGAUGCAGGGGGAGGUGUUGUGUUUUCUUCAGAUUGCAAAAUUGAAACCGACUCGACAGGCGGAGCUGACAUCACAGAGCAGAACACUUUCUCAUCUGCAGAUAUCAAAGCGGAACUGAAGCAGGAAGAGGACAUGGCUCCAGUCCCGAGCAACGAGACGAACCAUCCUCCUCCUGAUCUAGUGUCACGGUACCGGCUCAGGAGGUUAUCAGUUCCACUGGUCGACUGUUGCACAAAACGAGAACAAGAAGGAACAAAUAGCAAGAAAAACAGAGAUGGGAAAAGACUCAAGACUGAAACAGAAUCGCCUCCAUCUGCAAUCCCCAAUUCCACAACCAUCCCAGACGCAAAGAUGCACACAUUGAAGAUACACAGCCCUUCUGUUAAUAGUAAGAGCGUCAAUACAACGAGAUGCCUGCAAGUACAACAGUCCAUUAACACUGAAGAGAAACGCUAUAAAUGUGGACAGUGCGGUAAUCGUUUUUCAACAGUAAGUACUCUACAUCGACACCAGCGAAGUCACUCAGAGGAGAAACCAUACUAUUGUGGACAGUGCGGGAAGUGUUUUUCACAGGCAAAUCUACGUCAACACCUGCAAAGUCACACAGGGGAGAAACCAUAUCGCUGCCAGCUGUGUGGUAGUAGUUUCUUACACAAAGGACAUUUCAAAAGACACCAACGUACUCACUCGAGAGAGAGACCAUUCAGGAACAUCCCAGACACAACGACGCACACGUUGAAGAUACACAGCCCUUCUGUUAACAGUAAGAGCGUCAAUGCCACGGGAAGCCUGCAAGUACAACAGUCCAUUAACACAGAAGAGAGACCCUACAAAUGUGGACAGUGCAAUAAACGUUUUUCACAGUCAGGAGGUCUUCAAGUACACCAACGCAUUCACACAGGGGAGAAACCAUACAAGUGUGGACAGUGCGGGAAACGCUUUUCAGAAAAAGGAAAUCUACAUCAACACCAGCGCACUCACACAGGAGAGAGACCAUAUCGCUGUCAUCAGUGUGGUAGUGGUUUCUUACACUCAGGACAUUUAAAAAGACACCAUCGCACUCACACAGGAGAGAGACCAUACAAUUGCCAACAGUGUAGUAAAAGCUUUUCUCAGAUGGACGGGCUCAAAAACCACAAACGCACUCACACAGGAAGUGUUCUGCCUCCCAGGCAGCUUGAAGUUCUAGUUGUUUUUGCGGCCCCCUGUAGGUAAUGUUGUCAAAUGUGGUAUUGCAGUAGGAAUUUAGAAAUUAAGGAACAAAGAGGAAACAGGAAGUAGUUUUAGCACAUGUUCCUGUCAGUUAAUGGAGAGGUCAGCAGAUCAUAGAGCUGCCUUGUCAUCCAUCGACAUCUGUUUGGUUUGAGCCAUGGAAAACAUUGUCUGUAAGUAAAAAAAUAUUAUUAACACGGAUAUCAUUUAGUUAUUUUUAUGUUGCUUGACUAAUAUCUAGAUUUUUGUGCAUUAGCAUUGCUCAGCAUAGGAUAUGCUCAUUGUAUCACACAUCCACGAUGAGUAAGUAAUUGUAUAAGAAAUUAAUUUGAGGUCCGUGUACUUUUUCGUUCAUCCUUUAUUCUAUUUUGGAAUGAAUGAUGAAAUUCAAAAAAGGGUGCGACUUCUUAUUUGGUUUA